UACACAUAGAGAUGUAUAUGUAGGCUCUGUGUUGUAUAUGUGUGCGUGUGUAUAUAUGUGUGUGUGUGUAUGUGUAUGUGCGUGUGUGCGUUUAGGUUUAAAUGCGGCUAGGUGUUCAGCUUAAUCUUUUUUGGAUGAACACUGCAGGCUACGAAGUUGAAGUGAAUGAAAAUAUUUCAUUGUUCCAGCAGGAACAUUGACGUUACUAUCAUUUACCACGUAUUCCCCUGAUGAAUCAUCGACAUUAUUGUCGUCUAAAUCGUAUUCGACAGUGAGAUCAACGAAUCCAUGGGAUUUUUAUUAUACCAUUAGAAAACUAAAUUCUACGAAAAGGAGGAUACAGAUCGAGAAGUUAUGAUUUUACUGAUUAUAACAAAACAGAUCAUAAAAUAAGGAACUUCGUAAAAAUUGUUUUAAAGACUGUUCGAAACGAUUUGCACGGUAAGAUCGAAACGAGUUAAGUCAAAUUAUAUAAUCACGGAGUGGUGACAGUGUUACUGAUGUAGCUACAUCAUCGAUGACCUUCAUAAGCGGCUGUCUACAUUCGCAACAGACACUUAGGAAGGAGAUGAGUUUGCCCCAGGGAAAUUGAAGAUUGAAAGAGGAAGGAAUUUCUAAUAAAGUUGAAAACAAGACAAAAAAAAAUUAUCGCUGAAGAAGAAGAAGAAGGAAAUGCAAGAGAUCCUUUCUAUCGAUCAAGGCUGAGCUUUGUGAUCUUCAGUGGUUGAAGAGGAUGACGGUCACUUAUACUGCUGAGGUCGCUACCUGCCGUGGUCUUGGUUGCUUCCUUAAAUUAUUACUAAGAUGGAGAGCGAGUAUAUACAAAUUGGUAUGGUUAGAUCUGGCCUUAUUUUUAUUCAUUUAUUAUUCAUUAUCAAGUAUCUACCGAUUGAUACUGGAUGACGAGCAAAAGAAAAUAUUUGAAGCUGUGGUGGCCUAUUGCAAUCAGUAUAGCGAUCUUAUACCAUUAUCCUUUGUAUUAGGAUUUUACGUUAGUAUAGUUAUGACAAGAUGGUGGAAUCAAUACAUGGUUAUACCUUGGCCUGACUCUAUAGCUGUAUUUGUAUCGGCAACUAUUCAUGGUAACGAUGAGAGAGGUCGAUUGAUGCGUCGUACUAUAGUAAGAUACGUAUGCGUUUGUUUGACCUUGGUUCUAACAAACGUAUCACCAAGAGUGAAGAAACGUUUCCCAACGUUGGAACACUUCGUUGAUACUGGAUUACUAUUGGAGAAUGAACUCUCGAUAUUUCAAAGUUUAAAUGCGAAGUUUCCUAAACCUAGCAAACAUUGGUUACCAAUCGUCUGGGCCUCGAGUAUAGUAACCAGGGCUAGAAAAGAAGGUCGUAUACGCGACGAUUUUGCUGUUAAAACGUUGAUAGACGAGUUGAACAAGUUCCGCGGAAUGUGUGGAAAUCUUAUACAUUAUGAUACCAUAAGUGUACCAUUGGUUUACACUCAGGUGGUUACAUUGGCCGUUUACACGUAUUUUUUGACAAGCGUUAUGGGGAGACAAUGGAUCCAAACAUCAACCUCGUCCACUAUCGAUGUUUAUUUCCCCGUAUUCACGACUCUACAGUUUUUCUUUUACAUGGGUUGGCUAAAGGUCGCUGAAACUUUGAUAAAUCCUUUUGGCGAGGACGACGAUGAUUUCGAAGUUAAUUGGAUAAUCGAUCGUAACUUACAGGUGAGUUAUCUGAUCGUCGACGAGAUGCAUCACGAGCAUCCAGAAUUGAUAAGGGAUCAGUAUUGGGACGAAAUAUUUCCAACUGAGUUACCGUACACUGCGGCCUCUCAACCAUUCCGUGAGGAACAUCCUGAACCAUCAACAGCAGGUAUACAAUUGUCGGCUGCUCAACAAGAACUCCAACCGUCCUCCGUUAGAAUAGACGAGAUGGUACCGGAUUAUCAACAAAAAUUUCGCAAUGACGUUGCCGACGACGCCGUAUCCGGAAUACAUUUUACUGCCGACGGGAAAUUGUCCAGAAGUGCUACCACUGCUAAAAUGUCAAGAAGUGCCAGUAGAGUGAGUAAUCGUGACCGCACGUUUAACACUGGAUCAACGCCAAGUAACUUGGGUGGUUCGCUGACCAGGGUCAACAGUGUAACCAGUAUGUUAAAGAGAUUAUUCAGUAAGGAGGAUAGACCGGAUGGUACAUCGAGUGGUACCAAAACACCCGGUAGAAUUCCGCACUCUAGUUCUUCAGCAUCUUUGCAAGCAAGAGUAUUUGCUGGUACAGGUGGCUCGACUAGGAUCGGCGUUAUAGAAGAGGUUGACGAACAGAUGACGAUGACGUCGAUGAGACCAGAACACAGGCCACACGUACAAAGUAUUUUCCCUCAAGGACCACCACCAGCUAGUGCACCAGUCGACGUACCUGGCGCUGAUCAUACCAGAACAAGAGAUGUAUUUUCUAACAGUGCACCUGCCACUGCUCAUCUCACUACAGCUGAUGGUAGCAACGGCAAUGGUCACGAUUUCGAGAACGGCAAUAAAUAUCCCAUUGUUAGGAGAGAGAGAUCCAGUAUCAGUUACGAGCCUUCGAGGAGUUAUCAGAGUACCACGAUAGGCGAUGGCAUGAUCAGCCCUAGAAGUUCAAUAUGUUCGACGAACAGUAGUUCCGACGACGAGUUUACCAAAUUGAAAAUAGAAAGGGAAAAUCAAAGACGUGAAAAGGCGUUCAGACGAUUAGCUAGAAGUAUUAGCGGCCAUGGUAACAUACUCUCUAACGAAGCAAGAAAUUUAACAGAAAACGAAGUACUUUUGUUAGCGGAAUUAGCGGACGCAUCGAGACUCUCGUUGGUACCAAGAGAUAACGAUGAUAAGGGGAACGAAAUUGCUAAGGUUUAAGUGAAUCCGUAUGUUUAGCUGAUUUUUUUUUCUUUUUCUUUUCUUUUCUUUUCUUUUCUUUUCUUUUGCAAACUUUCGCCUCUAUUUGUUGUGUGAGAUCGAGCGUAUCUAUUCUAAUGUGUAUGUAUGUGCGUGCGUGUGGAUUCUUCACAGUUACUGUAAUCGAGUGUGAUGACAGAAAGAGAAAGAAAGAGAGCGAGAGAGAAAGUUUUUAUUAACAUUCCGAUAAAAGAAGACAAAACACGUAGCUUUGAGACCGUAUGCUGACUUUAAUGGCGGCGAGAGAUCUCUAAUAAGAUUUAUUAGAAUUACUAGAAAUAAUUUACUUUUUAGAAACCUUUUUUUUUCGGCUGUGUAUUGACCUACAUACAUACAUACAUAUAUAUAUAUAUAUAUAUAUAUAUAUAUAUAUAUAUACACUUAGUGAUCAUUGCAAAGAAAAAAAAAAAAAAAAAAUCAUUUUCAUAAUAGGACGACAAUAAUUAAGAAAGAACGGUGCCACGUGUGACUUACUUUUAUAUAUUAGUUUUCUUAUAAUCAAUGGACCCUAAAGAUAAUUAAAUAAUUAAUUAAUUAAUUAAUAUUUAUCGAGUUUACGACAUCGUCAUUUCUUUCUUUUUUUUUUCUUUCUUUGUUUCCGUUUCAUUUUUUUUUUUUAAACGCACAACAAACGAAAGUAUUGCGUCAACGAUUAUCAUCUCAAAGUGCCUAUCCAACGUGCCUAACUGAAAGAUCGAUAAUGGGCACACGAAAUGACAAUGGUUCAUUGAUAUUUCUCAUAUACCGUAAAAAUUCAAACGGCUUUGUAUAUUUAAGAAAGAAGACGACGUUUAAAUUACACUCUGCAAUCUUAUUAAUUACGGAUGAAACUGUCUACAUGCUUUAUUACUUCGAACGGUGUUUUACAUGUUUGAAAGAAGAAGAAGAA